CUGACAUAUGACUAUCUUUCCAGGAGUGGUAAUUGUACAGAUCGUAUUUUUCAGUAGCGCAAGAUGUCUUCACCCGAACAAAAACCCUAAAGAAUUACUUGUUGAUAUAAGUCACAAGUGCAAGAAUAACUACACCACAAGCAUCCACUUACCGUAUGGUGCUGGAUCAGCAGAUUCUCGAACAAUUUUACUAAAUUCUGUCGCUUCCUUAAUCAGAUCUUGUUCAGUUCUUGUUGUAGGUCCACAUCCUGAGAAUAAUUGCAAAGACAAAUGUAUUACUGCAUUUGUAGUUGAAAUAUUUAAUUUUCAACAAACUCGUUCAUUUUGCCGUGGUGGUGGAAUCCUUCUGAAGUCCGAUAGCAAAGAGUUUGCAGACGUGAGUGCAGAUAUAUGUGCUAAUCAUUCAAAAAAUGAAUAUGAACAUCUAAUUCAUGCAUAUUUAAUACACACUAGACGAUUUACCAUGGACAUAAAUUUCGUGGAAUUUGCUGGAAGCAUCAAAAUGAUUGCCACUUCUGCCAAAUACCUUAGCAAUUAUGGAAACUGCACCAAAAACGAGAUUUAUUGUGUACUGAAAGGGGAGACUUUUUGCAUUGAUAAAUUUCUCGAAUGUGAUGGAAAUAACAACUGUGGUACACCUAAUCAGGGUGACGAAUAUUGCACCAAUCUCCACAUUCAAGACAACAUGUUGUUCAUAAUAAUCUAUGGAACCUUCCUAGCAGUGGUAGUUAUCUUUAUCUUCGUUCAAAUAUUACGUCAGUGCGUUCCCAGCGUCCCCAACCACUUCUUCAUAUUUAACGAAGAUCAAGAAUACAACUUUGUGUUGACAUCUCAAUCCCUGCCGCCGCUACAAAUUCGCACAAUUCCCGAAAAUAAACACACAGAUCGACCACAAAGAUCGUCUAAAGCUACUGAUACACAAAUUUAUUAA